AUGGCGCCCUUUGCAGCAUUAUAUGGACGACCUUGUAGAUCACCGAUUUGUCUGGCGAAAGUGGGUGAUGCAAAUCUGAUAGGACCCGAACUUGUUCUAGAAACUACUGAGAAGGUCAAAUUGAUCCGACAACAGUUAAAGAUUGCUCAAGACUGUCAAAAGAAUUAUGCAGAUAGGAGAAGAAGGCCAUUGAUGUUUGAAGUAGGUAGCCACAUGUUUCUAAAGGUGCAACCUAGGCGUGGCGUCGUACGUUUCGGGAAAAAGGGAAAGCUGUCACCACGAUAUAUUGGGUCUUUUGAAGUAUUGGAAAGAUUGGGCGAAGUAGCAUAUAGACUAGCUCUACCUCCGCAGUUAGCAGGGAUACACGACGUCUUCCAUAUAUCUAUGUGGAGAAAAUACAUCGCUGACCCAUCAGACGUCCUCAAAUGGGAAGAAAUCAGUCUUGACAAAGAUGUUACAUUUAAGGAAGGACCGGUAGCAAUACAGGAUAGUCGAGAGAAGAACCUUAGAGGCAAAAUGGUUCACUUGGUAAAAGUACUGUGGCAUCAUUGGGGAAUUGAGGAAUCUACUUGGGAAUGCCAGGAUUGGGUGAAGGCAAACUACCCCGAGCUUUUUCGAAGGCAGUAUGUAGUUGUAUUUUGGGGACGAAAUUGUUUUAAGGGGGAUAGGUUGUAA